CACGUCCAUCGAUCUUGUACGCAAUGCCAAAAGUCAGAACAACACGAACAAAGCGACCUCCUCAGGGUUUUGAUGAAAUUGAGCCAACUCUAGAUGAGUUUGCCAAAAAGAUGAAAGAAGUUGAGAAUGAGCCUCAUGAGGGUAAACGUAUUGUAGAAAGCUCCUGGCCAAUCUUCCGCAUUCAUCAUCAACGUACACGAUAUAUUUUCGAUCUUUACCACAAGCGAAAGGCAAUCUCGCGAGAACUAUAUGAUUAUUUAUUAAAAUACAAAUAUGCCGAUGCUAAUCUAAUCGCAAAAUGGAAAAAGCCUGGAUUCGAGAAAUUGUGCUGUCUUCGAUGUGUUCAGCCAAGAGACACCAACUUUGGAACAACUUGUGUUUGCCGUGUACCUAAAGAGAAGCUAGAAGAAGGAAAGACAAUCGAGUGUGUUCAUUGUGGAUGCAGAGGUUGUGCAAGUGGAGAUUAAAACAAGAAAUAUAUAAAAUGAAACAAAACAAACAAAAAGCAAAAAGCAAAACGGUAAUAUUGUAAGGCUGUGAAAGAAGUGGACAGAAAGAUAUAUAUAUAUAUAUGUGGGCAAAUAUAAGGCUGUAUGUGACGUAUUUAAACAAAAGCAAAAAGAAGAAGAAAUGACCGAAAACCUUUCUUUCUUUCUUUCUUUAUUGUUCCAAUGUUUCAAUGCUAUAACUUUUGGUUGAUCUCUUGUCAAGAUAUGUAAACUCACCUAUGCACAUGAAGAAUGAAGGACAAAAAGAGAGAGAGAGAGAGAUUAAAAGCCAAUUAAAGUUAGAUAACAGAAAGAAAAAGAUACAUUAUAGAAAAAAAAACAAUAAAAAAUUGAUAUUUCAAUGAUUUUCUACCUU